AGGGCUUCCAGAGGCAAGGAAGGCGGCGUCUAUGGGGUGCACUGGGGCUAUGGGGCGGUUGCCAGCAGGUCACGGGGCAGAAGGGCUUUGGCCUCGUUGCUUCCUGGUUAAUGAAUGAUUCCCAAGGCAUGGAAAAGCCCAACCUCUUCCACCACCUCCCUCCCCACACUUCCCCCCCACCCAUCCCCGUGGCUUUGGGGCGGCUGUGCCCCAUGGUGGAGGUGACGGUGACGCCGCGCUCCUCCCUCGCCGACCGCCCGGUGCGGGUGCUCGUGCGGGGUCUGUCCCCGUGCCAGCUCAUCACCCUGCGGGCCUGGCUCCGGGAUGAGCAAGGGGAACGCUUCCAGGCCCGGGCUUUCUUCCGUGCCGAUGCUAAGGGUGAGGUGGACCCCGGCUACCAGCCUGCCCUCGGCGGCACCUACAGCGGCCUCUCCCCUAUGGGGCUGCUGUGGUCCCUGCAGCCGGACACCCCCUUCCGCCGCCUGCUCAAGCGGGAUGUGACCGGCAGCCCCUUCCGCAUCCACGUGGAAGCCUUCGAUGGUGUCCUCCUGCUCGACGGGCCCCGGCACCCACCCCUGGCUUCGUGCGAAGCCGAGCGCUGGUUUGUGGGUGCCGGGGUGCGGCGGGUGCCCAUCAGGGAGGGCAGGGUGCGGGGAGCCCUCUUCCUGCCGCCCGGACCAGGACCCUUCCCGGGCGUCGUGGACCUCUUUGGGGGUGCAGGAGGGCUCAUUGAGUUCCGAGCGGGGCUCUUGGCCAGCCGGGGCUUUGCGGUGCUGGCUUUGGCUUUCUUUGCCUACGAGGACCUGCCCCGCACCAUGGCCCUGCUCGACCUCGACUACUUCGAGGAGGCGACGGCGCUGCUGCUCCGGCACCCCAAGGUGCGAGGCCCCGGCUUGGGGGUCAUCGGCGUCUCCAAAGGAGCAGAGGUGGCUUUGGCCAUGGCCUCCUUCCUGCCGGCGGUGCUGGCCACGGUGUGGAUCAACGGCACCGUUUUCCUCCACGGCAACCCCUUGGUCUACAAGGACCUCCGCAUCCCCGCUCUUCCCUAUGGGAUCGAGCGUGUGCUCAUCGCCGACAUGGGGGCCUUGGACAGCUCCGCUGUCUUCAGCCACCCCCAGCACCCCGAUCCCGGCUCCUCGGCCAUCCCGGUGGAGAGGAUCCGGGGGAAGGUGCUGUUUGUGGUGGGAGAAGCCGACCGCAGCCUCAACAGCAAGCUCUACGCCGCGCUGGCCGUGGCGCGGAUGCCGCCGGCGCGGGCUCGCAUCCUGUCCUACCCUGGGGCCGGGCACCUCAUCGAGCCCCCUUGCUCCCCGCUUUGCAGCGUGUCCUGCCUCAAGGGCAGCCCCCGGCCCCUGCUUUGGGGGGGGGAAGCCAAGGCUCACGCCAGGGCUCAGGAGCACUCGUGGGAGGAGAUCAUCCGGUUCCUGGCGCGGGAGCUGGGACGUGCCGGGGCGAAGCUGUGAUGGGGACGGGGAAAGGGAUGCGCUUA